UCGAAAAAUGGCGACGCGUUGAGUGUGUUGUGUUCGUCACCUGACAAACGACACAAAAAUUCGGCAUAAAACCCCUAAAAUUUAGCGAAAUUUUUUUCAUCAAGUCACAUAGCACAUCAUAACGAAACUAGCACACAGCAACUCAUCGCGAGGCCCCUCAUCAUAACGUCGAAGCACCAUGGAGAGCAAGGACUACGACUACACAAAAACCAUGACGCUCAUGUUCUUCCUCGACCGUCUGAUGGACAAAGGCCAGCCACGUACGCUUCACGACCUUUCCUGCCAGUUCGGAACUAAAGGAUUCACCAAGGAGAUGCGACAGAUCGCAGGCGGCAGCCAAUCCGGACUUCGCAAGUUUCUCCAGCAAUACCCUGCGCUGUUCACCAUCGAAGGCGACCAAGUAACCGUCACCAACUUCGCCAACGACGCUUCGGGGAACGUCUCGAAGCGAGAUUAUGAGCAGGAGGCUAUCGAAUACUUUCGAGCCAAACUGGAACAGUACGGCAAUGCGGAGGUGCCCAUCAAAUCCCUUUUGGGCCACCGGUCUCAGGCGACGCCCGAGAUCCGUCAUAUCUCCGGUCAACACGGUCGCGAAUUUCGCGACUUCCUCGUCAAACAUUCGGACGUUUUCGUCGUGAAAGACGACUACGUGGUGCUUCGCAGCGUCCUGCAGAGUGCCCAGGGUGGUUACGACGGGAUAGUCAAAGUAGUCGAAGAAGAACCACUCGAUUCCAAGCUCCGCGACCAGCUCAAUUCCAUUUUCGAAUCAUUUCUCCGUACUCGCGGGGGCACGGCGAGUAUCGAAGCACUUUUCACUCAUCUCACGACAAAAUACAGCCGCGAAACCUACUGCAAGAUGAUGAAAAGUGCCCAAGACUUAUCAGCAUUCUUACGCAUGAACACCCACAUCUUCCAGAUUCACGCAAAUGUCGUGAAUCUCAGCGCGGACCGCAUGCGGCAGAGUGAACCUGUGGUGGAGCGCCAACCGUCUCCUCCUGCUGGGAGGCCCGGUAGCAUCCAGCAGAGGCUCAAGAACCACAUUCUGAAGGCAGUUGCAGAUAAUUCUGCUCAGGACCACAGGGAGAGAAUGUCGAGUGGUCGCGAUCAGCCGCAAGACAUGCACGAUAUGCUACGAGGAGUGCGAAUUGUGACGCGGACCAAGGACUGUGAGGCAGUCGUGAGGAGGUUGAUGGGUCUUUCUGCAGUGGCUGUGGACGCAGAAGGCGUGAACUUGGGGCCAAAGGGACCGGUGACGUUACUGCAGGCUGGAACAGCGACCGGGGAGGUGUACAUCUUCGACCUGCAGAGCACGCCGCAGCUGAUGAACGAGGGCAAGCUGAAGGACUUGCUAGAAUCGACAAACGUCGUGAAGGUAAUGCAUGACUGCAGGAAUGACAGCGUCGCCCUCGCCCAGCAAUUCGGAAUUCAGCUGAGGAAUGUGUUUGACACACAGGCGGCUCACGCUGUGCUCCAGCAGCAAGACGCUGGCAGGCCGGUGCAUAAAGUGAAGAACGUGUCCCUGAACACACUGUGUGCCCUCUACGGUGGACCGCAGAACCCUCGGAAGGAACAGAUGAAAAGCCUGUACCGCAGGGAUCAAAAGUUCUGGAGCAGACGGCCACUCACAGAGGACAUGGUCUUCCAUGCAGCAUUCGAUGUUCACUGCCUUUUGCCCAUCGUGUAUGAUGCACUAAAAGGGGCAAUCCAGCCAGAGUCUGUGUAUCUCCUUCAAGAAUUAUGUGAAGAGCAGGUACAGGCACACAUAAUUCCUGAUGAAGUGAAGGGACGCAAAAAGCAACGAAAGAUAGACCACGAAGUGGCUGACUUGCGGUCCAGACUUACUGCGUCAACUGCGCGACAGGUGGUGCUCAGCAACAGAGAAAUUCGUCUGCUCAGGUACAUGGACCUGACGGAGGAAGAAUGUGCAAAGGUUGAUGGAAACCCUAAAGUGGCGCGAAAGCUCGAACGGCUACGAAACCGUGCCAAUGGCACAAACGGCAUCGAAGGAUCAAACUUCCACAACCAAGAUGACGACCGAGAAUCCGACGACGAAUCGUCAGAGUCGGAGCUCUCCGACUCGGACCCUCCUCGCUCUGGGGAGUGGAGCUGCGACUCACUAGGGCCCGCCUCGCUCUCGCCAUACCAUUCUCUUCAAAGCGAUUACGUUCGCAGCCCAGAGCCAGUCCUGACCAACGGUUACGCGCGAUCCGACGGGUUCAGCUCCGACGGCGGAUGCGAGGGUUCAGGUAUCAGAAGGGAAAGAAAGAUAAUGGUGGACGCGAGCAGCCAGACACUCUCGACGGGAGACAUCGUCAUUACCAAGGUGUUCUUCGAAGAGAAGGAACACGGUGGUAAGAUCAUAGUUCAGUGAGAUGUUCCCAAAAAUCGAGGCUACGCUUUUAAGAUAGUUCAAGCAGAGGUUGUUUCAAACCAGAGUUUGAGGGACAUCUUGACUGCAGAAACUGGCAGCUACUGCGAGGUCAUGUCUUGUGGCAGCAGAUUUACGAGAGUUUUUAGCAUUGCGAAAAAGGUAGCGUGAAUUUUUGCUAUUUUAGGCAAGUCCUGGAAGACUUCUUGGAGCGAGACCCAAUGAAAUUAACUCCAGCGUCGCCAUCACGCGCUGAAUGGUGUAACAAAUACUAAGUGUUUCUUGCCCAGCCAGACUAGCUUCUAACAUCACAGCUGACAUUUCGGAUCUCUGCGGGAAUCCAUGUAGCACCGUCGAACAAUACGAAGUCGAGGGUAACUGCACCUUGCAACAUCUUUUUAUACUGUUAGAUGCCAGUAGGCUCUAUUCAGCGAAGAAAUGUCAGUGGCCAAAGAUGAUCCAUGCAGAUGCGAACAUAAUGUACAUGCAUGUUUUUUCAGCCGUAUGCACACUACUCGAGGGAGGAAUUUUUGUCUCUGGAUAUGGAACCUCACGGGUGUUGAUGGUGUCUUCACGAUAGGCUGCGUUCUUUAUUUGUGUUAUUUUCAUUGUUUAUCCGUGCUAUUUUUUUAGAUGCCGUAAUGUGUUUAUCUGGAAGCAUUUACAAUGCGCAAGCGAUGAAUAUUUAGACGCGGGCCAUGUACAUAACCAAGAUGCCAUUUCUAGAAAUUAACACUUCAACAGUGUUGCAUGGAAUAGCUUUAUGCAAAUACUCUUAAUGGUGCAAGAGAAACAUACAAUAUUGCAUUGUACAGAUGGUGUCCUUGCCAACAUAAUUCUAAGAAAUGGUGAAAAGUGAUCACUGCACGCAGCCUCUUUUGGGCAGCAACUAGGAUCUAGUCGAAUCAGACGGUGAUAAAUGCCAGGAUACGAAACAAAUGUGUUGGCAGCUAUAGGUGGUACAAAAUUAAGGAAUCCUUAGUACUGCUAUCAGUGGGUGGCAUGUCUCUGCAUACCCAUCUGUGCAGGACAUUGUCAUCAUGACCUACUACUAUAAAUGGAGACAGACAUAUACCGCUUCACUAUGAUAUUUGGCACUUUUGGGCAAUACAUGAUUUUCCAAAACCACCACAGCAUUGUGAACAACGAUAAAGAGGGUUGCGCGCGGAUAGCAAGCAGCAGAAAGUAGCCAUGAUGCGGAUGUCAUUUCCCCUCCUCAGUAAUGUGACAUAAAGUAUCACGUUGGGCUCGUUGGGAUUUGGAAAUUUUUCAACAGAAUUUUUAAAUAUUUCCAAUUGUUCAAUAAUUUUGGAAAACAAUUUCAAUACAAAAUUCUUCAAAUUUUCAAUAGAAGUGCUCAAAACACCACAAAACCACAUUUAUUGAAAAUGUCAGUAAUGAUAGCUCUUCUAGUGGCCUCCACCGUAACGAACCUGUGACUUGCGUCUCCCAUAGGUGAUUGGCAUGCAUCUAGGUGUCUAUCUAUAGUAGUAGGUUGUGGUUUGUCAUAUGGAUUGGCACAUUCAUUGUGGCCCACUUGUCCCAGUGCCUUAGUGAAGCAUGGGCCUUGCUUGCCUUGAAGUACCCGUUUCAAGGCAGCAGUGCAAGGCCCGCGACAAGGUCGGUGUAGUUGAAUGUGAUGUGUGUGAAUAUGUGUAUCCCUGGGUGCUUCUGUUUCUUUUUAGCAGCAAGUUUCACUCACAGGUGGAAGAGCGAUUCUGUCAUUGUACGCAUCGUAACCGAGUAUACUUGCAAAGCCUAACUCUCCGUUUUAAAACCAGGUUUUAAGACGAAAGAUAUAUAUUAAUAUUUAAACGCACCAUCCGCAGAGUCUGCCCUGGCAUGACUUCGGUUUUUAUAUAGGAUGGGGUUUUACGUUUGUCUCCCAUGUAUUUUGCAUGUGUUGUGGCUUUAAGUCGAACAUGUAGCAGCUUUUGUUUUUUUUAUUUAUUUAUUUUUGUUUCUUUUUUUACGUAAGUUUGAGUGAGCACUCCCCAUAGGAUGGUGCAGUUGCGUUUUUGGUCCUCACCAAGUGGCAGCUUUUGAGUGCUGCGUACAGGAAAACUUCCCUGUAGAAUGCGCUACAGCGCCUCAUCUUUCAGUCUUGGAAGUGGGAAUAUAGCUAUCAUUACAUCUAGCAACUUGACAUGUGCGCAAAUCUGCCUUGUAGGACAGAACUUUUGCGUUUGCACAGCAAGUGCGUUAUGGCAUGAUUUUUUUUUUCCUUACGCAUCUUUGGGCUUCAUUAUUUUUCAUCCAAAAGCACCAUUUACUUUAUAUGCAGAUUAGGGGAUAUAGAGUAUACAGUAGUCUGCAAGAAUAUAAUAAUAAAAAGAGUUGCACUUAAUCAGAGCAUGACAGGCCCAGUGUCUGGUGCUCGAGAUAAAGUGCGUUUUGCAAUAUUUUGCUAACACAAGCAUUUUUGCGAGAAUGUCCAAUAUGAAAGCAUGGACACAUAAAGGAACAGAGUCUAACUGAC